AUUUUGAACAUGGUAUUGAUGAUCAGACACAAAUGGAUCAAAUUGAUGAUGAAGUAGAUGACGAACCUCACCUUUUACAAAGACGAGAAGAAAUUGACAAAUAUGAAGAAGAUCUCAAAUACGAUAGUUAUCUAGAAUAG